AUGACAGGAUUGGGGUUUGGAGCUACAAGUGGUGCUGGAAGUAGAGGAGGAGCUGGAACUGGAGAAGGAGCUGGAGCUGGUGGUGAAGGUGGAGGUGAGUCGGAGGCGGAGUCAGAGUUGGAGCUGGAUAUAGAGGUGGAGCUGGAAAUGGAGGUGGAGCUAGAAAUGGAGGUGGAGCUGGAAAUGGAGGUGGAGCUGGAGGAGGAGCUGGAGCUGGAGGAGGAGCUGGAGCUGUUAGUGAAGGUGGAGGUGGAGUCGGAGGUGGAGCUGGUGGUGGAGCUGUUGCUGGUCACGGAGCUGGUGCAGGAAAAAGAGCUGAAGAGGGAUGUGGCGGUGGCCGUGGCAAAGGCAGUGGCAAUAGCAAGGGCGGCGGCGACAGCGGCAGAUACGUCAAACAACACGCAAUUGAAUACAAUGAAAGUGAAAUGAGAAAA